AUGGGCAAGUUGAAUGUGUCGAUGCUUCGAUAUCUCUCCUCCGAGGAAUUUAGGGUGCUGACAGCGGUAAGUUCUCAUUAAAUUAAGACUGAAGUUGGAACACGUUUUAGGAAAGUACGAGUCUGAGUCAGUUCAUCGAACCAAAGGGCAGAUUGCAAUUACCGUAAACAGCCAGUUUCGAUAAGGUUUGUUUUAAAAUGGCAAAGGAAGGGGAAAUAAUUAUAAUAUUAUUGUAUGUGAGAGGCUAGAACACGUCACUUGAAUGUGCUUAUUAGACUAGGGCUGGCGACAUAUUGGGCUAUUUUAUUUUAAUAUCCGUCCCCCCCGGUUGAGGACUUACCUUUUUUCUUACCCAUGAAGAUUGGCUAAAAUUGCAUUCACCCCUGAAGACUUCCAUAAAAAAUGGGCUUAACCCUGAAGAAUAUGGGUACUACAUGUACCCCUGAAGAAUAUGGCUUUACCACUGAAGAAUUUCGUGAAAAUUAAAGCUUCACCCCCAAAGAAUUCCAUAUUUUUUUACUCUACCCCUAAAGAAAUCCUCAAUUUUUUUAACUUACCCCGGGAGAAUUCCUUGGUUCUUCAACCAGGGGGUCCGGAUAUUAAAUGCAAUAGUCCAUUCACUUUUUCCCCGCUAAUGUCAACUGGACGUUUAGGUCAGAUCCCCACCCUCCCCCCUCCUUAACAUCCACUUAAUUUGUUACUGCUCCAAAAGUCGCAUUCCAGAAGGAAAUAUACUGAAAUCUGUGAAAUCCCCUUACUUAAGGAUAUCAAUCGUAUCAACACAAUUUACUGCUUUUAAAACGUGGUGGAAACCUCAUACUUCGAAUUAUGCUUUCUCCCACCUGUUCUCUUGCAAAAUCUGCGCAACUGCUCAGUUUUGAAAGAUCAAAAUGUAAAAUGUGUAAGUUGCUAGUAGUUAAGCGCAGAGGUGGAAAGAUCGCAGUUGACAACCGCUUCUAUGGUUGGUCCUACUCGGCUCUUGCACUUUUGUCCAAAAAUACCCCGCACAAACGUCCACUGCCUUACCCUCUUUCCCAUAAAUGCCCAGUUGAUGUUAAGUAGGGGAAAAGUGAAUAUGUUAAUGGCCCCUUACUUAUUAUUCAGCUGCAGCUGAGGGGCAUUUUUGGACAAUAGCAAAGUGAUACAUUGAUUUUCAUAAAUUUUAGGUAAUGUGUGGAAAGGUGCUCGUGACAUUAUUUAAGAGAAAGCAGGACCAGUUGUACCAUUUAAAUUGUGAUCAUCAAAUCCAACUGUGCCCAAUACAUUAUUACUUUUUGACAUACUUUAAACAUGGCGGCCAUGGCUUUGAUCUCUGAAUACUGUAGUGUAGUAGUAAAUCAAAAGUAUCAGCAGGAAAAAGCAGUUAUACAGAUUUUUCAAUAGAACAGGUUGGAGAAUUGUGCAGUAAAUUGUGUUCAUACCAUUGACAUCAUCAUGCAAGUGCAUGUCAGUAUUCAUUCUGGAAUACAGUGACUUUUGGGGCUGCAAAAUUUCAAGUGGACGUUAAGGAGUGGGGGAGGGGACUCUGACCUAAACGUCCAGUUGACUUUAAGUGGGGAAAAAGUGAAUAUGUCGACAGCCCUUACAGGUGUGACUACAAUAAUAAGUUUAAUUCUUUUUUCCCCAGGUGGAAAUGGGAAUGAAAAACCAUGAGCUAGUACCCACACCUCUUGUAGCCUCCAUAGCUGACCUCAAACACGGAGGCUCUCACAAGAUCCUCCGUGAGCUCACAAAACACAAGUUGGUGUGUUAUGAAAAGUCUGGUAGAGGUGAGAUCACUAGGAUAUAUAAUAUAUGCAAUAUAUUUUAUACUAUUGAUUGUGCACAAUUUAGGUUUUGAGAGCUUAUGAGGCCCUCUUAGGCAGAUUAUGUAUGUCCCUAGUCUGAAUUUUAAAACCUGUCAUUUCGCGUUUUGAGGAGGAAGCCAUGUUGCUGUCAGUAUUGUACUAUCAUAAUGGUACAUGUAUUUGUGCUUUUCUCUGUUGUUGUCGCAGUUUCAACCCAUGUUUGUGUCUUUUGUCGCCAUUUCUGCUGUGUUAUCUGUUUCAAGGCCAUGUUGCUUGUUGGAAUUUUACCCCAACAUGGUCUUGUUUAUGUGUCGUAAAACCUUUAAAGUUAAAAUUGCCUUCAUUUGGAGAGUUGAAAACUUAUGGAAAGACUUGCACAUCUUAUAGAAUGAUGUUGGGGGUUAUUAUGUGUGUGGUCACUUUUUAUACCUUUUUAACUGUUUCAGUUGAAGGUUACAGACUCACUUUCAGUGGCUAUGAUUAUCUGGCUCUGAAGGCUCUGACAACAAGAGGUAGUGUUCAGUCCGUCGGCAAUCAGAUUGGAGUUGGCAAAGAAUCUGGUGUGUAAAUCAUUGCAUACUCACUAUGAUUAAAUAAAAUUUAAUAAUCUUUGCAAGAGCAAGAAUCUUUUAAUGAAUUAUUACCAAGUCCCUUAUAGACUUGUAUGUGGCAAAGUGGUCACUGUCUGUUGUCAGAACAAAUACUGUAAUGUGAUUAACACAACCAUGCACCUAAGAGCCUUGAAGUGUGGUUUUGCCUACAAGGUUAUCAUUUAACAAGGUUUUCAGAUAUUAAAAUGACAGCGUGUUGUUACAUCAUGCCGCUCAAUAAAAUUGUUAUAAUAAUGACACAGUCAUACAAACAGGGUGUUCAUACUGUAAGGCCAGGUUGUAUGGCUGUGCUGAGGUAUUUUUUAAUUGAAAAAAAAAUAUCAGUGUCCAAGUUGUGUUCAGUAACGCAGUGGGAGCCUCUCCAAAUGGACAUUCUUGUAAGCAGACAGCUCUACCAAUGGAUGCCUUUGAAUUCACAAAACCCCUUUUUUUCUGAACUCCCGUAAACAAUACAACAACAAGAACAGCAACCAUUUAUUUGCCAGCUUGAAGAAACGUUUACAAAAAACAGAAUAAAUUUAUGUAGAUAAGGAAAAAACUACGCAGAAUAGCAAAAACUAAACGAGCUUGCAUUGGUACUUACAAACUCUGCCUUUUUACAUUCUUGUCAGUGGCCAGCUCCAGUUACAGACACUUUUUUGGCAUCCUGACGGUGUCUGCUCACAAGAGCUUCCACUGUACUUCAAAGCUCCAUUGUAGAAUGACAUCUUAAGGGAGAGAAAAUAACAGAAAAAAAGUUUUUUUGUGGUGCUAGUAAAAUUCCCAUAUUUUCUAUGCAUUCUACUAGCGAUAUUUGAUAUCUUAAUCUUUGUGUUGUCUUUAGAUAUUUAUAUUAUUGCUGAUGAAGAAGACAAUCAACAUGCCCUGAAACUACACAGGUUGGUACCAAGUAUUGUACAAAAAAGGUAACAAAUCAUUGUUAUUUCCUAGUAAAAGAUUUGAAAAUUUGCCAUUUUCUAUAAUCCUUUCUCACUAGACUUGGAAGGACGUCUUUUCGAAAGCUCAAACAAAAGAGAGAUUACCUUAAACAUCGUAAAAAUGUUUCCUGGCUAUAUCUUUCACGUCUGGCAGCUGUAAAAGAGUAUGCUUAUAUGAAGGUGUGUUUUCUAACUUCUAAAAGGUUGAACCCACAAAACGUUAACUUACCUAGUCAUAUAGAUUAGUGGUAGAUUUGUAACAAACAGUAGAGUCCAACUCUGCUUCAUCCGGCUAAUAACACUGAUUAUUAUAAAUAGUUUGUACUCACUUAAUCUUUCUUCUCUGUGGCUACAAGCCUACAGUUAAUUUUGGAAAUCAGCGCACUUACAGUGAACGGUAGUUACCAUAAAAUUCCAAAAAUAAGCCCGUCCAUGUAUAAGCCCUUCCAAAUAUAAGCCUCCCAAACUCGUAACUUAAAAAAAAUCUCCCAUGAAUUGCCCUCCAAAUACAAGCCCCUGGGGCCUUGUAUUCAGAAAUUGCCCUCAAAUUCAAAAUAAAACAAAGCAAAAACUGUACAGUAACACGUAAAAUUUUUGCAUUUGCCAAAGAACUAUCACGUAUGCCAAAAAUGAUUGCAGUCAAAAAGUGUUACAGUAUAAUGCUGUUUGCUAGUUCUCUCUUCAGGCUAGCUUGGAUAAAUAUUUUCCUCGGUCCAUAUAGACAAAGUACUCGCAUGGUUGAGUUUUAGAAAGGUCUUCGUCCUCAAGGCGAAAACUUGCUGCAAAUUACUGACGUAAAUCUCCUUUGCACUAUAAGCUAGCCCAGUGGACAUAGUUCCCUCCCAGUAUAAGCCUAGCUGAUUUUGAAACACAAAUUUCCCUCUGUAUAUAAGCCCCUGUAAAAAUAAGCCCGUUAAAAAGGGCCUUUGAAUAAUAUAAGUCUUCAGAAUUUUCCUUUACUUAUUUGCUUUAUAGUUGACUGACUAAUCCGUAGGUUGCAUGCUAGAUGUGUGAUUUUCAAGAGUAAUGUCAAACUGCGUUCUGUGAAAUGAUGUGUUUUUCGUUAUAUUUUAUUCAAAACAAUGUUUAAUAAAUAGAGGAUAUUACAUGGCCACACGGAGAUAUGAAGUUUCUCUUCGAGUGUUGAAAAAUAUUUCAGGAGUGAGCACAGCGAACGAGUGAAAUAUUUUUUCAACACGAGAAGAGAAAUUUCGUAUCUCCAACCGUCCAUGUAAUGUUCUUAUAUAAACACCAAUGAACUACCAAACCAUUUCACUUUAAUAGUUUUUUGGUGUGAAAGGUGUGAUUUAUUAUGAAGCCAUAGCAAUGGUGAUAUUUUCACAUGUGAAGAUAACAUGUUAUUUUCACAUGUGAAGAUAUCAAGUUUUCGCGCGAAAGUUCACCUGGUAUUUCCUUGGUGUUUAUAUAAUAAGACAAUAAUUGCAUUCAAGGUACGAGAACGCAACCCCUAAUAAUUUGUGUUGGGUGUUCUGUGCAUUAUUGGAUGACCUGUGCAAUUAAUAAGGGACAUUUUUUGAGAUUGCAUUUUCGUUCGUUGUCGUUGCCUUGCUCUGAGGCGCUUGCUUAAGUUUUGCCUCACUUUGAGGCACCAACUCAUGUGGUGAUUCUUGUGUCCUCGGCAUUCAUCUUUCAAAGGUUUGCUAAGGUCUGAUAUUCUUCGUAAAGCGUUCAUCUUUUAAAAAGUUUGCUGAAUCUUCGUAAAGCCUACAUCGAUCUGUGAUUGCUGAAUCAUCCAAAGCGUUCAUCUUUCAGAAGUUUGCUGUUAAAUUUUACUUUGGUUCGUCACUGUCUUUGGAAAAUGUCUGUGACUACUGGUGCAUGCAUCAAACUGGGUUUAGUUCGGCGGCCGUUAUGCCACAAAGUAAAUUUACCGAGUUGUGGAGCUCGGCGGCCGUUUUGUCACAAAGUAAAUUUACGAGUUGUGUAGCUCGGCAGCUGUUGUGCCACAAAGUAAAUCUACCGAGAUGGGAAGCUCGGCGGCGCCAUUUGACCAUGACUUGUGAUAUUUUCGGCACCGGACAAACGAGCACUUUAACUCUAUGUUAUUUAUUAGGAAAAACUUAUAAAUCAGCCCACAGUAGCGCCACUCUCGAGUCACUGAAAUCAACACGCUCGAACAAAUUACUGGAAAAGUUAUUGACGUGAGCCGCACACACGUUCCAUUGAUGGCUUUGAUAGGGUUAGUGCAAAGUUUGAAUUCAGAUGUGAAAGCUUUUAAACCAGUAAAUUCAAUGUAAUUCAUUUUGUCAACAAGUUGAUUGGAUGCUCUUAAAAAUAACAGAGAAAAUUAUCCGAAGAAAUGUUUUUGAAGAAAGAAAAAGAAUCCUGGGUUAAGAACUAAUCGGCCUUUGAGAAACUGCGCCCUGUAACUCGUGCCAGUAAAACAAAAUGUUCCAUUUACAUGUCCGACGCUGGCCAAUGUCUCCUCCGAUUAAAAGCACUUGACACCGAACCAUACGAUAUCUUUUGAAAACUUUGUUAAAAUGAUACACAGUUUAGAUAGAGGUUUCACCGUACGCAACCCUUAUGUUCAAAAUAUGCCAUAAUCAUAUUUAUCUACAUCGCAACCACCCUUCUGCCUCAACAAACAUAUCGAACGCACUCUCCUAUGCUCCGAUUACUCCUAGUUAUUUUAUUAUAUCUGGAAUCAGAGGGUUGUCCAAUACUCUGACAAAUUUAUGCAUGGUAUUGUAUUGUCUUCACCUUACAAUACUGUACAAAAGCAUAACAAUAAAGAACAAAGCAAGACAAUGAUAAAUUUAACAAGGCUAUGCAUGAAUUUGCUGGGGUAUUGGACAACUAUGUGUAAUCAAUGUCUUGGGAAGUGUUAUCAGCCUUUUGACUGUGAUUAUUCCAGAUCCCACAAAAAAGCAUUCAAUAUUUUUUUUAAACAUGCGUCAUGUGUACAUGACUGCAGUUAAAGGUGAUUUUGUUCACCCCUUGCUUGUUUCAAGGUUUCCGCAUGAGCCAUACCUACCAGCAACUUAGAAUUUUCAACAUUUUGUUAGCAGGGACAUUAAUUUUCGGUUUCUUGAAGCAAGAUCUUGAGUUUUCAACAUCUUGCCUACAAGUUCUUAAAUUUCCAACUUCUUGAUGGCAAGAUCUUGAAAACCUACGAAGCCAAAAGCUGUGAAGCCACAAAGAUUCCAGGUUGCCUGCAUACAAACUAAGAUUGUUUUCAACCAAGUACAAAUUAUUGAUCAAAUCAUCAGCAGCCACUGGACACUGCUGUAGUACAAACCUGGGGGUAUGUACCAACAACAUAAAGCCUAUGAUUUAACUCGAAGCAGCUAUGAUAAAUGAUACAUUAUUUAGGAGACAAGUUGUGUGUCUUGCAGGCUCUUUAUGAUAAUGGCUAUCCAGUUCCAAAACCAAUCGACUUCAAUCGUCAUGCUGUUGUCAUGGAGCUUGUUGAUGGUCAUCCACUGUAAGUGUAUCAUGGGCUGGGCUCUUUCUUGUUAACACAUCAUAAUAUUUAUUCACUUUUAAUGCAAACACAUGCUUUACCUGUAGUUUCUAAAAAGAUAACAAUAGCCCCUUUAAGAGGCUAGCAUGUUACUGUAGCUGGUUCUCUUGUGUGGGGUUUGGUUAUGCAUCAAGACCCACACAUGGAAGCUCUUAGGAGCUUGUUCUCUGUGUUCCAGUGAGAGUUUGGUUUUUGAGGAGAGAAAACACCUGGACUAUCCAAAGCCUGUAGAGCAUGCGUUUUUUUUUCAAGCGUGACCCAGAGGUACUGAGAGGAGGACACGUCAACCUCUACCUUGGAAUCAUUAUUUUAUUGACUCACCCCAACUCUUGGUCAGUCCAGGCCCGAAUCGCUCGCAGUGCAAAAUACGCCUGCUUUGCAAGCUGGACUAUCCAGAGAAAAACAUCUGAGAACAAAGAAGAGAACCAACAACAGUGUCUCCUAAAUAUUGCAUUACCAGGAUUUGAACCUGAGCUAUGCUGAUAAACUGGUGAAAACUAUGCUCUUUCACUACUGUGCUCUAGGGGGGCUACUCAACAAAGUUUUAUAUGGCAAGGCUCUGCCCUAAUGUACAACCCCCUACCCUUUUUAUUCCAUUUUUUACAGACAAGGUACCCCUUUUGUAUACCUUCCAUUGAAAAUGGUACGGAAUUCAGCAGUUGAGGUAUAUGAAACAAUAGCAAAAUCUAUCAUUUAAGCAUUUUUAAAAAGGGGCCUUUAAUUAAAAUGUUUCAAAAAGAGGUGCCUUAUGCCUUAUGUCAAGAAGACUUCUCGUAUUAUCGAUUUUAUUUCUUAUAUCUUAUCAAGUGAUAUUUUGAUGGGGUACCCUUUUUGGGUGGAGCCUCCCCGUACAGGCCAUCAUGGGGAGUAUGUAUGUAAGAGUUUUCCGUGAGAUACCAAGAUAAACAGUGUGAAGACUGUAAAAUGCAUCUGCUUCCAUUUCCUUCUUGUUGCUAUGGUAACAUGCUUCUCUGUUGAUUACAAGGUGUCAAGUUCAUGACGUGGCUGAUCCAUCAGCUCUGUAUAACGAUCUCAUGGAGUUAAUUGUAAAACUUGGCAGCUAUGGACUGAUACACUGCGACUUUAAUGAAUUCAACUUGAUUGUCAAUGAAGAUGAUAAAGUGACAGUCAUUGAUUUUCCUCAAAUGGUGUCAAUUUCUCAUCCGAAUGCACAAUGGUGAGUGCGUUUUCAAUGCUGUUUAUGUUUCAAUUACCUUUUCAGUUGAAUAACAUCAAUGAUGUGAAGUGCGGUUUUUUGUUUGUCUUCUCAUUUUCAAGGUAUUUUGACAGAGAUGUGCAGUGCAUUAGAGAUUUUUUCCUUCGGCGAUUUUCGUAUGAAAGUGAACUUUAUCCCAAGUUUGCAGAUGUGAGGUAAGUCGUUUUGCUUGUCAUGUAGCUAUUAGUUAGCUUAGAUUUUAUGAUACGUGAAGUUUGUGGUGUUUCUAACAGCAGAUACAUUGACAAGUAUUUCCCUUAAACGAAAAGACUUGUCCAGUCUUUCUCGUUUCUAGAAUAAGGUUUCCUUGUCAACAAAAACUUUACAGUAGAUAGCUUAAGCAACGAUAUCGCCAAAAUGAACUGAUUUAAUGAACAAAGCAACAUGUCAACAAGUGCAUCACAUUUCUUUGCCAUCAUCUCCAUACCUAUGACAUGUACCCUAUGUAGUAAGCGGUAUUCUGAUGUGUUUUUCGUUUAUGUUUCGUAAAGUAAGGGAAACAGAGGUGCGAAAGCUGAACCGAGGUCAAACGAGAAAACGGUUGGGGAGGGGGCAAGGGAAAGAAAAAAGUGUUCUCUCUGCCCUCUGUACGUGACACGGGAAUCCAGUGGUUUCGCCCCGCAACGAGUUCGCCCCGUUAUAGUUCGCCCCUCAAGAAACAAGGGGGGCGAAACCACUUUCAUUCGUAUCACGUCCCCUCCUCCUUCAUCGUUUUCUCGUUUGAUGACCUCGUCUUUUACGAAACUUGAAGGAAAAACUUACUAAAACCCCACCUGCUACGCAGGCUAUGUUUGAUGUAGUUUCUUAAUGGGACAUUUUAUGGUGGGCCUGACGCGACAUUAAAUUUCCGUUGUUCUGCAUGUACUGUCUAUCUGAACUUGGAUACUGUCCUUAAGAAUUCAACUCUAGGAAAAUCCGCCUAUAUUUACAAAUUGCGCGACUGACGAAUUCGCUUUUUUGGAGGUUUUUUUUUACGGCCGUCGCUGUCAUCAGCUGUGUUUAAUUCGAAUGAAAUGACAGCAUUACUUUGUAUGAUAAAAAUAUGCUGUGCUGGCUCUGACUCGUCCCCAGUCGUCUCUUACUAUCUCUCCCUAGUUUCGCGUUAAAGUUUCGCGCGGGGUGUGAUAAGAAGGAGGAUACUUAAGGAGGAUACUCACUUCUCCCGCCGCGCGUGCGUUACGCGCGAAGACGACUGGGGACGAUUCAGGUACUAGCUUGUCUUAGAUAUUAAGUGCAUGUACCUUUAGAUGUACGCGUCUUUCUUUUGUAUCAUUAAUUUGUGUAUUUUCGUGUUCAUUCUUUUAUUCAGACGGCUUCAUAACUUGGAUGUUGAAGUGGCAGCAAGUGGCUUCACUCGUGAUAUGUCUGAGUCAUUUGAUGAGGUAAAGACAUUUGAAGACACAUUUAUUGCUAACAGGGAGGGGAGGGAAGAAAACUCAUUUCUCCCUAGUGUCGUAUUGCAAUACAUUUAUUAAUUUUAAUCAUCUCUCAAGAGUGUGGAUUGUCAGUUGCUUGUUUAAGUAUUUAACAAGAAAAAUUAAACGGAGUAGCGUUAUUCGACGUUUCGAUUUUUCAUUGUUUCUAACAUCAUUAUCAAGAAUGAAAACCGUUAAAUAUCAAAGCUGUUAAAAGAGAUGAGGUCGAGAAACCAACCCUCACGGACAAUUUUUUGGUCCUCAAAAAGUGUAGAAAUAAAUUUGAAUGCCUUGUCUGCUAAAUGCUGUUUAUACAGCAACUCAAACCAUCGCUAAACGUGCCUAGGACAUAUGCAUAAUAAUCAAGCAUACACGAAUGCCAUCUAAUGAAUUCAAAUCCGGCUAAACUCCUUUAACAACCUUUGACAUUUGACGGUUUUCAUUCUUGAUAACAAUGUUAGAAACAUCGAAGCGUCGAAUAACGUUACUCAGUUUAUUUCUCAAAAACUUAUUAAUAAUUUAUAUUGGGUGGAAUCAGUGGAUUGGCCCUUCUCAUUAACAGUUUCAUUCAUUGUUUCAUUCAUUCAUUCAUUCAUUCGCCCGUGGUUAUUUGCAAAGUAUAAUAUUUAAGAGGAACUUGCUAUCGCUUAAUAUAAAGGCUGAUAAAUGAAGUACAUCAAGGCUAUUGUGAUAUUUGUCUAGGCUGCCGCUGACCUUCUGGCAUCUUUGGAAGAUGAGGAUUCCAAAGAGGAUUCCAAAGACUCUGAAGUUACAUCGCAGGUUCAAGAACAGGAAGACAGUGAUGAUAGCAACAUGGAACAGGGGGAGUGUAAUACCAAGGAAAGCGUCACUGAUGAACAGCAAGGCGCAGGGGAUUAUAUAAAGCCGUUCGAAGAAGACCAAGAAGAACAAGAAACGGGCGAGGACUGUGACCUAGAAGAGCUAAGCUAUCAAAAUAAGCAGCACAGACCGUAUCGCGAUGCCAAGACUCACGUGACUGAGAAAGGCCACGGUGAUAAUCUCAGCAGUCAAUCAAGUUCCGUUACGAGGUCAUCGAUUGACUCGAGAGAAAUAAGAACUCGAGUGAAAAAGAGUUUGGAUAAAAAACAAAGAGACGUGCGCAGACGGAAGCGAGGCGAAGCCUCCGCAGUGACUCGAUCGAGGCGGGAAAAUCGGGAUAUUAUAAAGCAAGGUUCACAGUCAUGGAAAGACGGCUGGUGAACAGGUUAGAAUGGCUGGAAUUGGAUAAGGUGUUAAGUGACAGUCAAGAGUACCUAGUGCCGAGGCCACUAGGCCGAUAUUUGACGCGCUCAUGCGACUUGUGUGACUUCACUGAAUACACAUGCCGCGUGACACAACCUGUUUUCUAUGCUGUCUUAAAAAUAAGAGAAUACCAAGUGUCUAGUACAGUCGACCCCGCAUGUGCGACCUCCUCUCAUAAGCCACCACAGACCCAAAACACCAAUAUUUUCCCGGUCAAAACCCUGUUGGUGAAAGCUGUCGUGAACGGCAACCUCUCAUGAGCGACAGCGACCACUUUUUGGGGUGACAGUUUUGUGAUCUUCCAUUGCUUUUAACCUCUUUUAAAGCGACCGCUUUACACAUGGUCUGGUCUCUUAGUUCGCUGUUAAUGUACUACACUAUUUCAUGCUAAUCAGAGCAUACGAAGAACUUAUAGUGACAACUUGAAACUACACCUAAGUAACUCAGAAAAUGAGUACAAUAAAUUAUCUUACAAAUAGUAGACGUGUCUGUGCCCCUUCUCGGAAGAGAUCCCCCUGUAGGUCGAUUCUCUUAAGCGACUACUAAAUCUUCGCACGGGAGGUUUGACUGUAUAAUUAUGAAAUCAGAUUAGUGAAGUGCUGCCAAAAGUACUGAAGAGGGUUAGACAGUUUCCGAGCGGUGUCAUCUGACUAUAAAAGAUAUAUUUGGUGACUACAUAAUCUUAUUUAAACUUUGAAUUUUCCACCAUCCUUUCUCUGCCGGUGCCGAAGCCUGCAACCACAUAUAGCCGCGGGCGUGUGGGUAAAUAGUGAUGAUACGCGGCGAAUUAUCUUUUGAAAAAUAGCAGUUGUACGCAAGGGUUUUUAAGUUUUUGUGGCCAAAAAGUAGCAGACGAAACAUUUUGGGUUGUUGGUGAAUUUUAUUAAAUAUCAUGUUAAGAGCUGUACCAAUAUCCCUCUAUAGUGAACUAUUUACACUUAAGAAAAAUACAUCUAUUGUUCAAAUAAAUAGCCCUAUGUUAUUUCAUAAAGUCGUUUUUGUGACGAUUUCAAGAUGUUGCUCGAACAAAUCGUGAG